AUGGCAGAAGCCAGCGAGGACACAGGGACGUCUGAGAGGAGGAGAGACAAACUCGGGCAGUUUUUGCAAAAGAGUUACAAUAAAGGCGAAUUAGCCCUCAAACACGCCAUCGGCCUAGGUGCUGUCGAAAAUGUGGUACCACUCUCUCAGCCGUUUACCAAUGGACCCCCAAGGACUGUCGAAGUAGGGUGGCAUCCUGUCGGCGGGUUCGCGGGCAAGUGGUUCGCCGAGAAUACAGGUUUGGGCAAGUUGAUCACAGAGAAGAUUAACAAGUAUCCUGAUCCGACGCAGCAUUGGGCGGUGCUCGUCGGUGAAUACGCGCAUCAACUGUGGAUGGAUGAGAACUUCGAUAUCAUAUACACGAAUGCCAAGAUUGACCCAAAAGAAUGGCACACAUUCCAAGUGGGGGAGACAAAAUUCAAUGACGAUGCUCUUAGGAGGACUGGCGAAGCUGUUAUUCAGCACAUUCGAACCACGCGUCCAGGCUAUAACCUCAUUAGCAACAACUGUCAGACAUACGUUCUGCAACUACUCGAUACUAUUCAGAUAUCCCAGGAUAAGGAAUUUGGCACCACCCUAGCAGUGUACGAGAGGCUGUUCGGCUCAGGCAAAGUUGCCGACCUCUUCCCCGAAAAUGACCUCACCAUGCAAGAGCCUGGACAACCCGGAUUCUCUCCACCGCAAUCCACUCAAGAGCUGGGUGUUGUUGGAGGGACUGGUAGCCAGGGGCACGUUCCGUUCCACCGUCCUGAAACGCUGCUACAUCCGGCCCAACCUGGGUUGGGGAAUGCGCCACAGACCUCAGUAUCAUUUGCACAGCAGGUUAUGGAUGCGAACACUACCCAGUUGGACACGGAGGAACAGGCGCAGAGGCACUUGGAGGAGGACGAAAAGGCAGGGAAGGAGAAAGGUGGUGGCUGGGGCGGGAAAACUAGUUCGUUUUUCCGCAAGUUCAAGAAGUAG